AUGUCGGAGGCCGGCGGUCUCUGCGGCGAGGACGACUCCAGCAGCCGCUCUCAAACCAGCGGCUCUCGAACCAGCGGCUCUCGAACCAGCGGCUCUCAAACCAGCGGCUCUCAAACCAGCGGCUCUCGAACCAACGGCUCUCAAACCAGCGGCUCUCGAACCAGCGGAUCUCGAACCAGCGGCUCUCAAACCAGCGGCUCUCGAACCAGCCGCUCUCAAACCAGCGGAUCUCAAACCAGCGGCUCUCGAACCAGCGGCUCUCGAACCAGCGGCUCUCGAACCAGCGCCCCCUGGCGAACGCACUUCUCUGAACGCCCCGGCUCAGCUGCCGCGGCGCCGGUGUUCUGUUCUGGUUUCAUCUCGUCCAGACGCCACAUUCCCCAGCGCUCCCCCGCGGUCUCCAGGGGCAACGGAGCUGAACUCCAGCACAAUGGGGCUGAAUGGGAGGCUUGGAGGGUUCCCCCCCAGAGUCACCUCCUCGGACCCCAGAGUCACCUCCUCGGACCCCGAUCCCACCUCCUCGGACCCCAGAGUCACCUCCUCGGACCCCGAUCCCACCUCCUCGGACCCCGAUCCCACCUCCUCGGACCCGAUCCCACCUCCUCGGACCCCGAUCCCACCUCCUCGUACCCCAGAGUCACCUCCUCGGACCCCGAUCCCACCUUCUCGGACCCCAGUCACCUCCUCGGACCCGAUCCCACCUCCUCGGACCCCGAUCCCACCUCCUCGGACCCCGAUCCCACCUCCUCGGACCCCAGAAUCACCUCCUCGGACCCCGAUCCCACCUCCUCGGACCCCAGAGUCACCUCCUCGGACCCCGAUCCCACCUCCUCGGACCCCAAAGUCACCUCCUCGGACCCCGAUCCCACCUCCUCGGACCCCAGAGUCACCUCCUCGGACCCCAGAGUCACCUCCUCGGACCCCGAUCCCACCUCCUCGGACCCCAGAGUCACCUCCUCGGACCCCGAUCCCACCUCCUCGGACCCCAGAGUCACCUCCUCGGACCCCGAUCCCACCUCCUCGGACCCCAGAGUCACCUCCUCGGACCCCGAUCCCACCUCCUCGGACCCCAGAGUCACCUCCUCGGACCCGAUCCCACCUCCUCGGACCCCGAUCCCACCUCCUCGGACCCGAUCCCACCUCCUCGGACCCGAUCCCACCUCCUCGGACCCCGAUCCCACCUCCUCUGACCCACACCCACCUUCUCGGACCCCAGAAUCCCACCUCCUCGGACCCCGAUCCCACUUCCUCGGACCCGAUCCCACCUCCUCGGAUCCCGAUCCCACCUCCUCGGACCCCGAUCCCACUUCCUCGGACCCUGAUCCCACCUCCUCGGAUCCCAAUCCCACCUCCUCGAACCCACCCGAUCCCACCUCCUCGGACCCGAUCCCACCUCCACCCACCUCCUCGGACCUCACACCCACCUCCUCGGACCCCAAUCCCACCUCCUCGGACCCCGCACCCACCUCCUCGGACCCCGCACCACCUCCUCGGACCCGAUCCCACCUCCUCCCACCUCCUCGGACCCCGCACCCACCUCCUCGGACCCCGCACCCACCUCCUCAGACCCGAUCCCACCUCCUCGGACCCGAUCCAACUCCCUCAGACCCGAUCCCACCUCCUCCGGACUCCUCGGACCCCACCUCCUCGAACCCGAUCCCACCUCCUCGGACCCGAUCCCACCUCCUCCGGACUCCUCGGACCCGCACCCACCUCCUCGACCCUUAUCCCACCUCCUCCGGAGUCCUCGGACCCGCACCCACCUCCUCGGACCCGAUCCCACCUCCUCGGACCCGAUCCCACUCCCUCAGACCCGAUCCCACCUCCUCCGGACUCCUCGGACCCCACCUCCUCGAACCCGAUCCCACCUCCUCGGACCCGCACCCACCUCCUCGGACCCCGCACCCACCUCCUCGGACCCGAUCCCACUCCCUCGGACCCGAUCCCAGGACGAAGAGGAGGAAAAGUUACAGUUCGAUCCCAAAGUCUCCAGCUGCUUCCGGCCCGCGGCUCCGAGGCGGCUCGUACCUUUCUGCUCCGGACUCGAACCCGCUGCAGCACAAAGAAGAGUUCCGGCCUCAGAUCCGCUCGGGGGCGCUGGCUAGAGAGUGA